GGGGGAGCCAUAGAGCUAUCCAUGCUAAGCGGCAUGGCCAACAUCACAGACUGCACCUUCCGCAACAACCGGGUCACCAACGGGCCAAGCUUUGGCGCCGGCAUUCUCUCCUUUGGAUCGCCGAUGCGGGUGGAGAGGAGCUACUUCUGGCGCAAUGAGGCGGUGAACAUGCUGCCUCCGGGGUCGCAGGCCAGCACGUACCUCACUCAGGGCGGGGCCAUUGAUGCCAACAUGUUCAUGGACACCACUGUGGUGUAUGACGUCAUCGAUAGCACGUUCGUUGAGAACAAGGCCAGCACGUACCUCACUCAGGGCGGGGCCAUCGAUGCCAACAUGUUCAUGGACACCACUGUGGUAUAUGACGUCAUCGAUAGCACGUUCGUUGAGAACAAGAUCGGCGAUUUCGCCCGCCGAUCUGCGCAGAUCGGCGAUUUCUCCCGCCGAUCUGCGCAGAUCGGCGAUUUCUCCCGCCGAUCUGCGCAGAUCGGCGAUUUCUCCCGCCGAUCUGCGCAGAUCGGUGAGUUCGUUGGCGUAACUCUGCAAAUCGUCAAUUUUGCUGAAAAUCUGGUGGAGAUUGGGAGUUUCGCCGUGGCACUCGUUUCUGACGAAUGUGUUGGAACAAAUAAUUCCAACCAAUUUGCCACUGCUCACCACUCCUUGCCGCACUAA